GGCACCGCGAACCCGGCGAGACUCGGGCCGCAGCAGCCGGUUCCAGGAGGCGCCCCGGGCGGAGCGGAGGGGCCGGCGCCGCUGGGGCCCGCGCAGGUGGUCACCGCGGGCCUCCUGACCGUGCUGGUCAUCUGGACCCUGCUGGGCAACUUGCUGGUCUGCGCGGCCAUUGUGCGCAGCCGCCACCUGCGCGCCAAGAUGACCAACGUUUUCAUCGUGUCCCUGGCCGUGUCCGACCUCUGCGUGGCGGUGCUGGUGAUGCCCUGGAAGGCCGCCGCCGCGGUGGCCGGCUACUGGCCCUUCGGGGCCUUCUGCGACGUCUGGGUGGCCUUCGACAUCAUGUGCUCCACCGCCUCCAUCCUGAACCUGUGCGUCAUCAGCGUGGACCGCUACUGGGCCAUCUCCAGGCCCUUCCGCUACCAGCGAGCCAUGACCCAGCGCGUGGCCUUGGUCAUGGUCGGCGUGGCCUGGGCGCUGUCCAUCCUCAUCUCCUUCAUCCCAGUGCAGCUCCACUGGCACAGGGACGAGGCAGGCUCCCGGGACGCGCUGGACCCGCCGCCCAACCCGGCCAACGGGACGCCCUGGGGGGAAGCGGGGGAGCCCGAGGUGCGGGAGGACAACUGUGACUCCAGCCUGAACCGAACCUACGCCAUCUCCUCCUCGCUCAUCAGCUUCUACAUCCCCGUGGCCAUCAUGAUCGGGACCUACACGCGCAUCUACCGCAUCGCGCAGGGGCAGAUCCGCAGGAUCUCCUCCCUGGAGAGNAUGCCUUCGGAAAAAGGAGGGUCAAUGAAGACAGGUGGUGAGUGUGAGCCCCACGCCGGCCUGCGCGCGUCCAUCCAGAGGGAGACCAAGGUCCUCAAAACGCUGUCGGUGAUCGUGGGGGUCUUCGUGUGCUGCUGGCUGCCCUUCUUCAUCCUGAACUGCGCGGUGCCCUUCUGCCGGGGGCGCCCGGGGGGCCCUCGGGCCGGCUUCCCCUGCGUCAGCGAGACCACCUUCGACGUCUUCGUCUGGCUCGGCUGGGCCAACUCCUCCCUCAACCCCAUCAUCUACGCCUUCAACACCGACUUCAGGAAGGUGUUCGCCCAGCUGCUGGGGUGCGGCCACCUCUGCUCCAGCACCCAGGUGGAGACCGUGGACAUCAGCAACGAGCUCAUCUCCUACAACCAGGACGCCCGGGUCUUCCCCAAGGCGAGGGUGGCUGCCUACAGCCACCUGAUUCCCAACGCUGUGACCGCGGGGGACGGGGAGGACAGCGAGGAGGAGGGCCCUUUCCAUCCCCCGUCCCAGAUUUCUCAGGAGUCCCCAGAUGGUGGCCCGGCUGCCUGGGAGCUGCACUGCGAGGCGGAGGUUUCAUUAGGCAAAAUAACACCUUUCACCCCAAAUGGAUUCCAUUAA